CACACUCGCACUCAUCAUGGCUGUGCCUUCGUUCGAGCCGCUGGAGCUGGACUUUGAUGACUCUGCUGUGCUUGGAGGGGACAAUGCGGCUGCGCUGGUGACCUUUGGCUCUGAUGACGACGGGGACGACGACGACGAUGGGCAGGUCAAGAUCGAGCUGGUGCCGGCGCCCGAUGUGGGGAGUGAUGACGAGAAUGGCAGCGACGAGGACGGCGGGGUGUCGCGGAAGCGCAAGGCUGACGAUGCACUCGAGGACGAGCGUGCGGCCAAGAAGAAGAAGAAGGAGAAGAAGAAGAAGACCAAGAAGGGCCGGAAGCGGCAUGACGACGAGGACGACCUCAGCCUCCCGAUCUCGCUCCUUUCCGGCCCGACCGAUGGCGUCGACGCUAUGGAGGUGCCUGUGGCGCAGGCCAAGUACUUGCAGCGGCGACUUUUGUCGCUGCUUGCGCCAGAGAUGUCGUCGGUGGAGCUGGACGCGGUGGCGGUGCCGCUCGAGGCCAUGCUCCCGCCUGCGGCGAGCGAGAUCCAACUCGGCCGCUUCACGCGCUCGCUCUACGGCGACAAGCACAUGUAUGACAUGCUUGUUGCGCCGCGGCCGCAGGCGGAGGUUGUGUUUGGCGCGCCGCGGAUCCUGAUUGUGACAGCCGGCGGCAUGCGGUGCGCCGACGUGGUCCGCGAGGUGAGCGCUGCGCUCAAGCUGCCAGAGAAGGCUGCGCGCGGGCGCAAGGUUAUCCGGCCGGCGAAGCUCUUUGCAAAGCACUUUAAGGUUGCGCAGCAGGCCAAGUUCCUGCAGACCCACGAGGUCAACAUCGGCGUCGGCACGCCGAACCGGCUCAUCAAGCUGAUCGAGGCGUCGGACGGGCUCUCGCUCGACCGGCUCGAGUUUGUGCUCCUCGACAUCCAGCGCGAUGCCAAGGAGCGGUCGCUGCUGGACAUGCACGGGGUGGACGUUGACGCGGCGCGGCUGCUUGCCAAGCACCUGCUUCCUCUGGCUGCCGAGGGCCGGCUGCACAUCGGGCUCUGCUAAGCGGUUUAGUAGUCAUCGGUAUCGUCGGCGCCGAGGGACGACGAGUCCGAGUCUGCGCCGGCGUAGUAAGCGGUGACUGCUGGCGGAGCAUUGGGCCGCGGGCGGGAGCGUGUCGAGGUGGCGACGCGGGCAUCUGCGCGGGCGUUGGAGCGCUGCGCUCUCGACGAGGCCGCUAUCUUUUUGGAAGCGAGUGAUUGGACGAGCGAGCGGCGCGGGCGUCGCUUCUUGACCUGAGUUGGCGAGGCGAGCGCGUUGGCCUGGGGCGAGGCGUCGGAUGUGUCGCCGGCGGCGGAGAGAAAGGCGUCGAUGGCGGCCUCGGCCUCUUCCUUGGAGAGGGUGAUGCGGCGGCCGGUCGACUUGUCCAUGCCCUCGGGAACUUCGAACGGAUGAGCCGGCUCAUUAGCCUGGAUGCGGACAACGGUAGCCGGCGCGACAACACAGUCGAGUGGCGAGCUGGCGCCGGCGACGAGCGGGCCGGUAUCCGGCGAAGUGUAGACCGGGAACGACUCGAUGACGGAGCCGUUGAUGAAGGAGCGGAUCUCGACAAAUGUCUCGUAAAUGACGACGAGGAAGGUG